AUGUUUAAGGGUGAGGUGAAGGCGGAAAAUGAGAGGCUGUCAAGGAAAGUGCGGUUCCGUGUGGCAUCCUCACACAGUGGCCGGGUGCUGAAGGAGGUCUAUGCUGAUGGGGAAGCCACCGACUCACUGGACUCUGAAUACACCAGCAGCUCAGAGACUGACCAGACCAGCCGGCUGAGCGAGGUGGAGGGCCAGCAGAAUGGGCACGGUGGCUCUGAGUGUGAUGAAAAUGAAAAUGAGCAGGAUGACUUACUCAUUUUAGUCCGAGCCACAAAAGAGAAGGGUUUUGGUACAAAGCGAGUCAACAUUCUCAGCAAAAAUGGCACAGUCAGAGGUGUCAAGCACAAAGUCAGUGCUGGACAAGCCCUCUUUGACAACUUGUCAAAAAUAUUUCAGCAGGUGUCUACAGAGCCAGAAUUUGGCCGCAUAGUAAUUUAUACCACCAGCCUUCGUGUGGUGAGGACCACUUUUGAAAGAUGUGAACUGGUUAGAAAGAUAUUUCAAAACCACAGAGUUAAAUUUGAAGAAAAAAAUAUUGCUCUGAACAGCGAUUAUGGAAAAGAACUUGAUGAGAGAUGCAGGAGGGUGUGUGAAGCCCCAUCCCUCCCAGUUGUGUUUAUUGAUGGCCAUUACCUUGGGGGUGCUGAGAAAAUUAUGCUAAUGAAUGAAUCUGGGGAACUGCAGGAUCUCUUAACCAAAAUUGAGAGAGUCCAUCCUCACGAGUGCCUCUCAUGUGGGGGCUUCGGUUUCCUUCCGUGCUCAGUGUGCCAUGGGAGCAAGAUGUCUGUGUUUCGAAACUGCUUUACGGACUCAUUCAAAGCCCUGAAGUGCACAGCUUGCAAUGAGAAUGGGCUACAGCGCUGCAGAAGCUGUGCAGGUUAAAAAGGGCAUCUCCACAUGUGC